CUUAAAUAGCGUCAACGUUUCUUGUAUGGGUGGAAUUGGUCAACUUGCCACAGAGCGCAUGUUACCCAUAGUUUAUUCCAGCUCCGCAGAUCGAUAAGCAUGCAGGUGUCUCUCGCGCUCCUUGUCUCCAGCACCGUGCUGCUGCUGCUACAGGGAUGUUGUACCUUCGUGCAAGGGUGGAAGGUGCUAAAAAACGAUGCUACAGAGAUCGUACCAGAAUAUACUGAAAACAUACAGCCUCCCGAGGAACCAAUACCACUGGCUUCUAAUAAUAACAAUAAUACAAUGAAUCGACCAAAACACGGGGGAAGGAGGUCAUCAGCAAACACAGCCUCCUAUAGUGCCUCGGAGCUGAGCUGCAGAGAGCUGCGCUCCACCCGUUACAUCACUGAUGGCUCCUGCCGCAGUGCCAAGCCCGUCAAGGAGCUGGUGUGCUCGGGUCAGUGCAUGCCUGCCCACCUCCUACCCAACUCUAUCAUGCGCGGCAAAUGGUGGCGGAGCAGCGCUUCCGACUACCGCUGCAUCCCGGCCCACUCCCGAACCCAGCGGGUGCAGCUGCAGUGCCCCAACGGCAACAGCCGGACUUACAAAAUCCGCGUGGUCACCUCCUGCAAGUGCAAGCGCUAUAGCCGCCACCACAACCAGUCAGAGGCCAAGGAGGCCUCCUCUUUGCCCGAGCCCCGACGCAACAAGAAACGCACCCGGCCUCCCGGGAGUCAGAGCAAGAGCAACACCCCGACGCUGGUCAGCAACUCUUACUGAGGAUUCCUUUCCUUCUUCCGUACAAAUGCAGAGACCAAAGUAGCACGCUCACUCAUACACACGCACAUGUUACACACAACCCAACAUGGCUCCUUCAUUGGAAGAGGGCGAGGAAGAGACAUUUCAACAAAAAGGGAUUUGUUAAGCUGUUUGUUGGACUGGCUUGACAUGCAUUUUUCUCACCAGACAGGCACUAUAGAUUUUGCAGCCUAUUUUCAAACAUAUUUCAGAACCUUUGAUUUGCAUGACCAAAUGAGUCAACAGACUAUGCCAGGGAAGGCCAUGUGACUGGUCAUGAAAGUUGGAACACUGCUCGGAUUGGAGUGUAGAUUAUCAUUACACACUCCAGUUCAUAGAUAACGGCCUCUGACUCAGGCACAAGUAGAAUCUACCUUAGCCACAGCAAGAGGUGCACCUAAACUCAAAAUCCACCUGUGAAAACAUCCAGCGGGCAGGCUACACUGCUUGAUAGACCUAUAGGGUUGAAAGGUGUCUCUAUGCUGUAACUGGUUCUAAUGGCUGUGUGUACUGUACCGUAGCAGCACCUGGUAGCCCUGGGGCUUCAGGCUCUGGAAGUGGGCUGCUGACAGGCCCUGAGAGGCCCUGGCCUUGACCCCAGACCACGCAGUCACAUGACAGCCCGGGCAGCACCUCACUCACCAGGAGUCUCCCAGGGCUCUCGCUCCGUAGCAGCCUUACAGGAGCUGUCAGUUAGGGCCCCUGGCCCAGUGGCCCUGGAGCCCCUGUGAGAGAGGCAGAGGGAGAGUGAGAGAGUGGAAACGGCUGUGUCAGCAGUCCAAGACCAGGGUCCCUUCGGUCAAACAGGCAACUAGGCAUUCCUGUGACUCAUCUUAAUGACUAAAUGAGCCCAUUCCUGUGACUCAUCUUAAUGACUAAAUGAGCCCAUUCCUGUGACUCAUCUUAAUGACUAAAUGAGCCCAUUCCUGUGACUCAUCUUAAUGACUAAAUGAGCCCAUUCCUGUGACUCAUCUUAAUGACUAAAUGAGCCCAUUCCUGUGUUUAGAAUUUCCGCUAGACAUGGCUGGUUCCUGUUUGCAGGAAUCACACACGCACAAAAGGUCCACGUGUGGAGGCGACUCCAGUAAUUGUGCCUGUUGUUACCCUCUGGCACAACAUUCUCCACUAAACCCACACUGACUGGAACUAUUUUGUUAGCAGCAAAUAACAUUGGCGACCAACUAGUCAUGUCCCUAUUCUAUUCAUUGUGAACCUAGAGUGACUCAUUCUAUGAAUAGCACUGACAGGAAAGAUAGAUAAAAAACUGAAUCUCAAUUUGAAUUGUUUGAUAUUGGCUGUUGAUAUCCUGCAGGAUGCUGACAGACAUAAAUAGACAGAAAGACAGACAGGAAAAGGUUGUGGAUGCCCAGUCUGCCCAUGCUGACAACCCAUUCCCUUUUUUCAAGCCUUUCAGUACUACGGCCUGUAUUUCAUGAAGAAUACUCAUAACGUUUCCACUUAUUGUCCACAUUCCAUUGUUCCAUUCUCUCAUAUCGCUUCCUGAUUUUCAGUUGUCUAAACUGUACUGACAGUGUUUCCUUCUUGUUCAAUUGUGUGUUUGAAAUAGCAACUGGAAAGGAUUUUGUCAUAUAAGUAGAGUUGUCAUGUAUAGCUUGAUUGUACAUAUUGUUCCUGUCUGGUCUUUUGGCUAAAAGCAGUUGGGGAGGAAAAAAAACCUUGCAGACUCAAAGAAAUGAACUGCAUAUUUAUUUUUUAUUUCCACAUGUAAAUUAUUUAUGCAACUUUUUGUAGUAAAUGAUAGCCAUUAUUGUCAUUUAGAAUAAUAGUGACUGUCAGAUAAUAAUGAAAUGCUGUACAGUACACGAAUCAAGUAAAGGCAGAUAUAUUUGAAAGAA